AUGCGACUGUGUUUCGAAUGUUCUUGCAGAUCCGAAAAGCAAGAAAAAAAUUUGGCGGCACGGGUUAAGGGCGUUGAAGGUAGUUUUUUUUCGGACCGAUUCUUAUUAUUCUUUCAGAGAAAAUUGAGAGAAAUCCGGAGAUUCCGAAUGAAUAUUUGAUUUGGGGAGGAUAGGUUACUCCGAGGAUAGGUUACCCCAAAAAACACAUAACUCGGAGGAUAGGUUACCCCACCGGAUAGGUUACCCCACGGAUAGGUUACCCCACCGGAUAGGUAACUCCACGGAUAGGUUACCCUUUACCAAAAAAAGAAAAAAAUUUUUUUGAAAUGUUUUCGCUUCGGGAGUUUAAAAAGAAGGAUUUUUUGUGAAAAUUGAAAAAAUUUUUAAAUGUUUUCGCUUCGGGAGUUUAAUAAGAAGGAUUUUUUGUGAAAAUUGAAAAAAUUUUUAAAUGUUUUCGCUUCGGGAGUUUAAAAAGAAGGAUUUUUUGUGAAAAUUGAAAAAAUUUUUAAAUGUUUUCGCUUCGGAAGUUUAAAAAGAAGGAUUUUUUGUGAAAAUUGAAUAAAAUUUGAGAUGUUUUCGCUUUGGGAGUUGGAAAAAAAGGAUUUUUUGUGAAAUUUGAAAAAAAUUUGAAAUUUUUUCGAGCUGACUGAAUGUGAACUGACUGAAUAUGAAAACUGGGUUUCUGUUACUUUACUACCUUCAGGGAUUCUUUUUGAAAUUUUUUCGACUUAUAACACUUUUAGACGUUAAUGGUGUUGUUUUGGUGCCUAGUACUGCUUAAAAAACGCAUUUUUAAUACUUGGUACUAAAUAGUACUACCUGGUACUGUUUAGUACGAGGUGCAAAUUUGGCCGUAAGGCGGUAAUGGCGUUGGUUUGGUGCUUAGUAGAACCCAAAAACACGUUUUAACACUUGGUACUAUAUGGUACCAACUGGUACUGUUUUGUGAGAAGUGAAAAUUUGGCCGUAAGGCAGUAAUGGUGAUGGUUUGGUGCUUUGUAGAGCCCAAACACACGUGGUACUAUAUAGUACCAGGUGGUACCAUUGGUUUUAGACAAAAUUUUAGUGCUGGCGGCACCACAGUUAAUAUUCAGUCAGACACCCUUUUUUCUACUUCCGAUGCAAAAAGAUUUCAAAAUUUUGAUGAAUUUUCUAAAAAAUUGUUUUUCUUCCCAGUCCCGAAGCGAAAACAUUUCAAAUUCUUUUCAAUUUUCACAAAAAAUCCUUUUUUUCCAAGUCCCGAGGCGAAAACAUUUCAAAAUUUUUUUAAAUUUCACAAAAAAUCCUUUUUUUCCAAGUCCCGAAGCGAAAACAUUUUAAAAAAAAAUUUUUUUUCAGGUAACCUAUCCUCGGGGUAACCUAUCCUCCGAGGUAACCUAUCCGUGGGGUAACCUAUCCUCCGAGGUUACCUAUCCGAAACUUGGGGUAACCUAUCCGGUGGGGUAACCUAUCCGCUGGGGUAACCUAUUUGUUAGGGGUAACCUAUCCUCCGAGAACGGAAUAUUUUGGUGAUCCUGCAUUUCGCGAUCUCAAAAUCGAAGCUGGAGGCAGAAGCUUUGAUGUAAGAAGGUGUAUGUUUUUUCUAUGGUUUUGAAAUUUUAGGUCACAAAGUAUCAAUUGGCAAUGAAGUCGAAAGUAUUCGCGAAAAUGCUCAUGACAGACAUGAAGGAGAAGAACGAAGGUGUAGUCCGGCUCGAUGAUGAUGCUGAGACUGUAGAGGCUAUGCUGAAUUACAUCAGCAGUUACAAGAAGGUCAAAGGAAACAAAUUGGCGAGAAAAGUUGUUAAACUGGCGCAUCAUUACGAAAUCGAUGAUCUCAAGGUGAAUAUUGCGUUAUUGUGCUGAUUCUUUUUGUGGGUAAUGGUUGCAGUAGAAUUUAGUUUCUUGUAAGACUCGCAUAUUAGGGUGUCCCAUAAGUCUUGCAAAUUUUUGGGUUUAAGAAUUAACGUCUCAUUUCGAGGGCCUAGAGAACUGUGCUCCUUAAUGUUUGGUACUGUUAGAACCACCAUCUCUUACUUGUUAACAGCAUAAAAAUUUUAACUAACCACGUGCCCUCCGGGCAAAUACUUGACAUUCUUUAAUAUCAUCCAGUGUUGGGAAGGCUUAGGAAAACGAUUCCGUUCUUUGGUGAGGCUGGACCUUUGCAACCACACUUUUUAUUAAAUGUACUGAGUACUCUGUUUCUAAAUAAGCGGCGCUUUCCACUGAAUUAGUGAUUGUGACGCUGUCCUGCAGGUGUCUUGUAUCAGGCGUUAUGGUAAAUAUUACAAUGUACAUACUUUUCCGUAUAAAAUUUUUUGAGGGUGGUUUCUCAGGUCGCGCCGUUACCAUAAUGAAAGUAGCAUUACAUUUAUGCGUUUUAACCACGGAUCCGUUGGCUACCUUGUUCUGAAUUACCGCUAACCCAAGAAAAUUUGAAAAAAUGAGGUUCAUUUACUCAACACCAAAAAAGUUGGCAUGGAUACAAAUAACAUUGUACAGGGUGGACCACUAAAACCUUCCGUCCUCUUUUUUUAGAUUUCUCCGCGGAGACUCCGCCGAUUUUCAUGAAAUUUAGAUUUUUCUGGAGCUAAGAUUCGCCAUUUUCAACCGAUUGAAUUUCAGGAAGAAAUAUUCUGAAUUGACCUUUCUAUGCCUUCCCAAAGCUUUUGAAAAUUAUUUUCCAGCCGAAACCGCUAAAACUUAGAAAAUUUUUGGAAUGAUUUUCAAUUGACUUUCUCGGACUUGGAAAAUUUCAGGCUUUUUUUUUGGUAAAAUUGUGGAGUAAAAAGUUCCGUACGCUUUCUCUAAACUUUUUUAAAGCAAGUUAAAAGCAAAAAGAGUGCUGUCUGUAUUACCGUUAGGGUAUGAACGCUGAAAAAAAAUUUUUCAACAAGAGUGAAAAAGUCCACAUUAAAAGACGAUUUCUGAGUCACUGAAGCAAGCCGUAGUUAGGCCAGGACAUAGGAUUUUUUCGAUGUUGAGUUUUUUACAUUAGUAUGACCCAUGGCACCUGUAGAGAAAAAGCGAACCACAGUUUUCCUUAAUUCUUCCAUUAACUGUACUUUUUAUACAAUUUUCUGUUUAUACAGUAAUUCGUUAUAACUUUCUACAAUGGUGUCCGUUUGUCAUAAAAAUAGGGCUACUAUGGUUUUUGGGCAUGACGAGUUCAAUAAAACCAAAAAAAAUUUCAUCCGGUUACGGUAACAUAUAAAAAUACUGUAUCGGUCGGUAAAAAUCGACCAUAAAAAGUUUGUUUCAAAAAAGCCACAGCCAAUUUUUUCAUAUUCGUAAUCAGCGUAAAAUUCUGCUCUCGGACCAAUUUUAAAAAGUUCAAAAAUAGGACCCCCAUUUUCCGUGGUGUAGUGGUUUUUGACCAAAACUGGUAAUCUGACCACCCAGGUUCGAAUCCGGGUGGGUGCGAAUGUAGAAAAAAGACCUAAAAUCACUUUUAAUGAAAACCUGAGAGUUAUUUGAAGCACGCUGAGCAAUUUUAGGCAUUAAAACUCUCUGAAUUUGGGAUUAAAACGAUUUUUAUGUAAUUUUAGAGGAUUAAUGCAUCAAAAAUAAAACUGCUUCAAACUGGUUGAAAUUGAUAACACUUAUUCUAUGGCUAAUUGUAAGAAACUUUCCCGUUAACUUUUUUUGGUAGAAUGCUAUAUCAUGGAUUACUGUAACAUUAAACCCGUUUUCGUUUUUGGUAUGCGACAGGGCGUAGAGACUUCAAUGUAUCACAAUUAUGAUAGGAAUGCUUGAGAACACGUUGGUUAUCACACAAAUGUGUUUUCUAUGUCCGUAGGACUUGAAACACGUCCGUUAUAACGCGCAGGUUUCCAAUCGAUAAUGAUGUCAAGAUGCACAAUAUAUCAUGGGAAAUUCUUUUUUUGAAAUAUGGAGCGUUGAGAUUUCUUGCUUUUUAAUAGAUCUAAUCAAAAAAAGAAAAACAUUUACCCAAGAAUUUUGAAGAAAAAAUCUGCUAAGUAGAAUAAGUUUUAUGUUACAGUAAUCCAUGAUACAGCACUCUACCAAAAAAAGUAAACAGGAAAGUUUCUUACAAUUAGCCAUAGAAUAAGUGUUAUCAAUUUCAACCAGUUUGAAGCAGUUUUAUUUUUGAUGCAUUAAUCCUCUAAAAUUACAUAAAAAUCGUUUUAAUCCCAAAUUCAGAGAGUUUUAAUGCCUAAAAUUGCUCAGCGUGCUUCAAAUAACUCUCAGGUUUUCAUUAAAAGUGAUUUUAGGUCUUUUUUCUACAUUCGCACCCACCCGGAUUCGAACCUGGGUGGUCAGAUUACCAGUUUUGGUCAAAAACCACUACACCACGGAAAAUGGGGGUCCUAUUUUUGAACUUUUUAAAAUUGGUCCUAGAGCAGAAUUUUACGCUGAUUACGAAUAUGAAAAAAUUGGCUGUGGCUUUUUUGAAGCAAACUUUUUAUGGUCGAUUUUUACCGACCGAUACAGUAUUUUUAUAUGUUACCGUAACCGGAUGAAAUUUUUUUGGUUUUAUUGAACUCGUCAUGCCCAAAAACCAUAGUAGCCUUAUUUUUAUGACAAACGGACACCAUUGUAGAAAGUUAUGACGAAUUACUGUAUAAACAGAAAAUUGUAUAAAAAGUACAGUUAAUGGAAGAAUUGAGGAAAACUGUGGUUCGCUUUUUCCCUACUGGUGCUGUGGAUCAUAUUUAUGCAAAAAACUCAACUUCGAAAAAAUCCUAUGUCACGGCUUGCCUCACUGACUCAGAAAUCGUCUUUUAAGGCUAAAAGCCAGGGAUUGGCGCAUUGAGGCUUGGAGACAGGCUCGAUUGAAGUUAAACCAUGUUCACGAUAUGCAAUUCGAGCCUUUUUGAACUUUCAAAGCCCCCGCAAGUUCGUGCAGCAAGAGGAGGUGGACAUGUCGAACUCAGAUAGAAAUAUUAAUAACCAAAUUGUUAAAUAAAUUAGUUUUUACACCAGUAUUUUGCAAAUAUAUGAGGCAAAACGAGUAAGAUUUCACCCAAAAACCCGAAAAAAUGACCAAGUUUUCAAAAUCAUUCCAAAAAUUUUCUAAGUUUUAGCGGUUUCGGCUCAAAAAUAAUUUUCAAAAACUUUGGAAAGGCAUAGAAAGGUCAAUUAAAGAUAUAUUUUUUCAAAUUCAACCGGUUGAAAAUGGCGCAUCUCAGCUUCAGAAAGAUCUAAAUUUCAUGAAAAUCGGCGGAGUCUCCGCGGAGAAAUCUAAAAAAAGAGGACGGAAGGUUUUAGUGGCCCACCCUGUAGUGCAGUGUGUUCUAAACAGUGACAUAUGUAAUUCUAUCUUUGCAAGAGGAUUUGGGAAUAGCGGUGAUAGAGGCUGAAAAACACUCACAACGGAUCGGCAAAUAGUUGCACCCUGCUGUCUUAACGAAACCUAUAUCAUUCGAAAGAGCAUUACAAAUAGUGUACAACGCAAAAAAAAAAUAGCUGCCCAAUAUACACUGCUAGACAAAAUGAUAUGACCACCGCAAUUUUGCGCCGGCAAUUUGUCCAUGGUAAAUGAAUUGCUUUAAUAUUUGGUUAAAGUGAGUAUGGAGCAAUGUAACAUGUACCCAAGAAGUAUCAAAGGAUUUCAAAAAGUGCAAGGUGAGUAAAAUUUGGAAAAACGCGAAACCGCCAAAAAUCGGCUGGACAAAAUGAUAUGACCACGUGGUUUAAUUCAAUCUUUUACUAAUAAACACAAUUUAACAAACAAUCCUAGUAAUGAGUGAGUCCUCCACUGAUUACUAGGACUGGUAUGGGGACAUGUUCGGCCAGGUUUAGACGGGUUUGAACGCGUUAAACCAUGUUUGAUGCAGAGCUACCCAAACUGGUGAUUAUCUUCCAUUAACGCUUUCCAAAACUUUUAAAUGACGUUUUUAUCAUGUCAUCUAGACGUGUAAUCACCUGUACAAGCCUUCGCUUUUCGCACGAACUCCAUGGUGGUCUGGUAGUGUGGAUUCAGCAAACAUCCGGUUACCAUGUCCAGCUUUGGCGACCCAUUUGCUAUUUGACCCUGGGGAUAGAUGUGCCCCUUAGGUUUAAAAUGUAACCCGGAAUCUCUCCAGAAAACGGCGAAGCCAAGAAAAGUCCCCGGUGACACGAUCACAGCUUUGUAGAUGCAACUUUGCCGACCUUCACCUUAACCAGCAAAACCGAGUUUUUCAAAUGGAUUUUUAGCGAUGCAAAACGGCUUUCAUUCGAUGGCCUAUGUAAUUUUAGAAGCUACAGCACACCUCAUGCAUCCUGGGCCAUAAAACGAACUGUUUUUUGUCGCUAACGAUCCCUUUGAAAAACUUGGUUUUUCUGGUUAAGGGGCACAUCGGUGCAGUUGCAUCUGCAAAGCUGAGAUCGUGUCAGCGGGGACUUUUCUUGACUUCGCCGUUUUCUGGAGAGAUUCCGGGUUACAUUUUAAACCUAAGGGGCACAUCUAUCCCCAGGGUCAAAUAGCAAAUGGGUCGCCAAAGCUGGACAUGGUAACCGGAUGUUUGCUGAAUCCACACUACCAGACCACCAUGGAGUUCGUGCGAAAAGCGAAGGCUUGUACAGGUGAUUACACGUCUAGAUGACAUGAUAAAAACGUCAUUUAAAAGUUUUGGAAAGCGUUAAUGGAAGAUAAUCACCAGUUUGGGUAGCUCUGCAUCAAACAUGGUUUAACGCGUUCAAACCCGUCUAAACCGGAGUCAGGAAAUUAUGGGUGACGCAGAGUCGGGUGGUGCAGGUUCGGGUGAGAACUUUCGGGUGAUCGCAAAGUCGGGUGAUGCAAAGUCGGGUGGUGCAUAUUCGGGUGAUGGAAUUUUGGGGUGGGGGAAUUCUCGGGUGAUGAAAAAAGAAAAAAAAACCUGGCCGAACAUGUCCCCAUACCAGUCCUAGUAAUCAGUGGAGGACUCACUCAUUACUAGGAUUGUUUGUUAAAUUGUGUUUAUUAGUAAAAGAUUGAAUUAAACCACGUGGUCAUAUCAUUUUGUCCAGCCGAUUUUUGGCUGUUUCGCGUUUUUCCAAAUUUUACUCACCUUGCACUUUUUGAAAUCCUUUGAUACUUCUUGGGUACAUGUUACAUUGCUCCAUACUCACUUUAACCAAAUAUUAAAGCAAUUCAUUUACCAUGGACAAAUUGCCGGCGCAAAAUUGCGGUGGUCAUAUCAUUUUGUCCAGCAGUGUAUGUUUGGGCAAAGUUAUGUCCGUUUUAUGAAUGGGACACCCUAAUAGAUAAUCCAUAGGUUGAAUAUUGAUUUUGAUAUCAACUUUCUUGGUGGGGAAGAAAAACAAACUUGGAUUGGAAUCAAAAUUGGAUUUUCGUAUUAUGAUGUCUAAAAUAAUAUCGAUACUUUAGGAUCAAUGUGAAAUCGAACUACUGGAGACCGCGACUAUGGAGAAUGCUAAAGCCAACAUAAUGUUGGCCGGAGAACUGAAGCUACCGUUGCUCUUCUCGACCUGCAACGAGCUUCUUUACUUCAACUUUGAAAGCCCCGAUUCCGGCGUGCCUGUUUUGUCCUUCAGUCCGACGGAAAUGCUGUUUCGACUGUGCAAGUCAGCCUCAACCCACAAAUUGGUCAACCACAGUGAAAUGACGAUUGCUUUCAAUAUCUACAGCUGCGAUCCAUUGAGGACUUGUAUGGAAUUUAAGGUUAUCGAGCCGUUAUCCGAGCUCCAAUUACGUGCUGGCGACAUUGUAUACUCGGGAAUCAGCCCCAUAGGUCUUGUUUAUUAUGCGCCCUAUGUCUCCGACAGAUACAUCGAUUACAACGGACUCCAUCUGAUGCCGGAGGCUCGGUUCUUGCGGAUUAAUUUCGGACAGCCGAAGACUACGGGAGCCCGUGGUCGGUCCUGUCGUCUAUGUCAGGCAAAAACGGACAUGAGACUCCAUAUAGACAAUAUUGGAAGUGAGUUGACUCGAGUUCUUCGUUGUAUAACUCAGCCUUACUUUGUUUGAUGUUCUUUUCAGGAAAAUUGAAAUUGAAUGGAGAAACUCGCAACGAUUUCUUCAACCAUCCAGGGAUAAGCGAUUUUCAAAUCCAAGCUGGAGACAAGAUCUUUUAUGUACGUGACAUUUCUUCUGUUAUUUUUAUAGUUUUAGGUUACCAAGUAUCAAUUGGUUUCUAAGUCCGAGAUCUUCGCACAACGCAUCAUUGAGAAGAAAGAAAAUUCCAUUACUCUUGGUGAAGAUCCAGAGGUGGUUGAGGCUAUGUUGAAGUUUAUUUAUAUGAAUCAAAAAGUCAAAGGAAACGAAUUGGCAAGAAAAGUUGUUCAAUUAGCUCACCGGUUCAAAAUUAAAGAUCUCAUGGUGAGUCUCGAACAUUUUUGACUUUUUUUUGUUUUCAAGGCACCGCAUUCUGUACUUUUGGGACACAACCGGUCUCCCCGAAUUUUUUCUAUUUUUUCAAAGUGGACCUCCUUCUUUAAUUCAUUACUCGGUAGCCGUUGAAGCUAGAGACUUGAAAAUUGGCAUGGAUAUAGAGUAAAGGCUCCGCUUCCAGAAUAUAUAAAUACUGUAAUUAAACCCGGGCUAUAAGCUCCACAAUAAGAUGCCAAAAUAUUUCAUUCUUAAGACUUCUUGCACCUCAAGUGUCAUUUUGCAGGAUCGAAAUGACAAAUUUUAAAAUACUGAUUUGUGCAGAAUUUUUUUUCUCUAUCACAUACUCAAAUUUGUGAAGUUAUAUACACGAUGGCUGAGCUACGGACGAAAAACUGGGUUUCAUAGUGUGCUUUUUGGAAUAUCUCUGCCCUCAGGGCACAUAUAAAGGAAGUUCCGACCCAGGCUUGUUGCCCAUGAUGAUAUAUGCGGUCUUACAAAAUUACAAUGUCCUAUCUUCAAAAUCAAGGGAGUUAUUCGCUUUUCAAUUCUUUUAUCAAAAAUAGGCUUGACAUGCUCUUCCAACCCCUCAAAAGAUUAUAUUCGAAGUGUUAUUUCAUUGCAUGCAUGCAAGCAUGACAACCAACAGCUAAAAAAAUUAGCGUCUGGAAAGCAAGGCAGUCUUAUUGAUCAAUUUCAAGCCUAUUUUUGAUAUAAAAAUUGAAAAGCGAAUAACUCCCUUGGUUUUGAUGAUAGGACAUUGUAAUUUGGUAACUUAUAUCAUCAUGGGCAACAAGCCUUGGUCGGAACUUCCUUUACAUGUGCCCUGAGGGCAGAGAUAUUCCAAAAACACACUAUAAAACCCAGUUUUUCGUCCGUAGCUCAGCCAUGCGUGUAUAUAACUUCACGAAAUUUGAGUAUCUGAUAGAGAAAAAAAAUUCUGCACACAUCAGUAUUUUAAAAUUUGUCAUUUCGAUCCUGCGAAAUGACCUUUUAGGUGCAAGAAGUUUUAGGAAUGAAAUAUUUUGGCAUCUUAUAUGGAGCUUACAGCGCGGGGUUAAUUACAUUCCGGCAAUUUUUCGGCCGGAUUUGAAUUGGCUAUAACUUUUUUAGUUUUUAACCAAGUGUUAAAAUUCUUUUUUUCCCUGAAUGCAUAGACAUCCCCAUUUUGUUUAAUACCAAAUAUGUUAUACCCAUUUAUUAGACUACAGUAAAAAUUCAAGACAAAGAAAAAGCUCUAAUUUUCAUAGCUGACAAUGGAAUUACCCCUAGUGCGACUCUCAGAUUUUCUUUAAAUUUUGCACAUGCGCCUUUCAAGGGCGGCCAAGAUAUUCAACGAUCUUUGCGGUCAGGAGGGUACAUGAGUGGUCACACAGAAAAACUUUUUGGCUCUAUCCUCGCCAGUUUUGUGCAGAGAAAGCUGAUUUUUUGUGGAAACGGUAUUCUCCAUGAACAGGCAUGAAACUUUUUACGACAAAAUUCGUAAAAAAGAAUAAGGUCUUUUGGUCAUUUUCCCGAAAGUUGUGCAUUUUUUGCCUGAAAUUCCCUGUAUCUCAAAAGUUGUGCAUUUUAUUUUAUUUUUAAAUUUCCAGUGUUUAUUGGGUUAAGGUUGAGGUUUUUUUAAAGUUUUUUUACGUGUUUUUGCAUAUUUUUCGGGAUUUUUUGCAACGGAUGCACAAAAAUGAAAAAUCGGCCGUUAUAGCGAUGUAGUGCGCACUGGAUUACAUGUAUCUGCCAAAUUUCACAUUUUCGUCUUUACUCCACUUUGUGUUCUGAGCCGGUUUAGGUGUUAAGGCAACCGUCUCGCUACGACAUCUGGUUCUCAAGUUAUGACAAAACUAGUCAUGUUACCGUAACCCAAAGUACAGUAAGAUUUCGAAAAAAAGUUAACGGGAAAGUUUCUUAGAAUGGUACGUAGCUACAGUUUUCCAAGUUUAAAGAAAAUUGAAGCAGUUUGAUUUUUCGUGCAACCAGGGUUGUUUACUUGCGCUUGACUUUUAGACAAAUUGUGUUUCAAUUGUCUUUAAUUCGCAUUAUUCCUCUUUUUAGGAGCAAUGUGCCUUUGAGAUCAUGGAGACUUUGGAGAAGGAGGACGUGGUCGAUGUCCUGCUGGAAAUCCUUCCUCUCGACCUUCCAUUUGUUGCCUACAAGUGCCAUGAAAUGGUUUACCGCAACUUCAGCGAUUUUGAUCCUCCUCCGAUCACCUUUAUUCCUGCGGCAAUAGAGUUUUGUGAGGGACAUGAUUUUUACCCAGUCACUGACCUAGUGUUUUCAAAUCAAAGCGAUGUGGAGAUGGUCGUCCAAGUGUAUGCGAGCAAACCAUGGGUGGUGGAACUUAUGGGUCCACAGAUCAUUGGUCCCCUGGCGGAGAUUAAUGCGGAAGGAUUGUCCUACGAAAACUUCUACGAACAGACCGGUCUGCUUUAUUUUGCACCUCAUGACCCCUCCUCCGACUGUCAGAAACUCCAUCUCCUGCCGAAUGCUCGUUUUGUUCCCGUCGAAUUGGCUCGUUGCAACCCUAAGUCUUGUAAGUUCUGUGGCGUCCAGGGUGACAAUUAA